AUGUCAAACAUACGCCCAGCUGAACGCACUUUCAGCAUAAAAUCAACUGCCUGGCAAGAGUUGAAUGACGCCAUUGACAAACACAAGGCCAUCAACUUGACACGGGGAUCUCCAGACUUCAUAUUCACCAAUUGCGUGCUGAGGAACCUUCGUCUUGUCGCCGAUGAUAACGUGUCACCGUCGCUGCAUCAGUACGCCAGAUCUACCGGUCACCCGCGUCUGGUGAAUGCCCUGGCCAAGCUCUUCAACGAACGCUUCCGUCACAACCCGUGUGUUUCUGGUGAAAUCGCAGAGGACCUGCGAGAGGGCACCUUCGGUGCUGAUCGAUGCAUUAAUCCGUUGACUGAGAUAAUCAUUAGUGUUGGCGGCAUUGGUGCCUUGUCGACGAUAUUUUUGGCACUCAUCAACCCAGGCGAUGAGGUUGUCGUGCUUGAGCCCGCUUUCGGAUGCUACGCGCCCCAAAUAGAGGCCGCAGGAGGCGUCUACGUGGGCGUUUCACUAAUUCCGCCCAAGGUUAGAUACGAAGUGCCGUGUCGAUAG